AUGAAUCGACUUUUGGACGACUAUGACCCUUAUGCAGUUGAAGAGCCUAGCGACGAGGAGCCGGCUCUGAGCAGCUCUGAAGAUGAAGUGGAUGUGCUUUUGCAUGGAACUCCUGACCAAAAACGGAAGCUCAUUAGAGAAUGUCUUACUGGAGAAAGUGAAUCGAGUGAAGAUGAAUUUGAAAAAGAAAUGGAAGCAGAAUUAAAUUCCACCUUAAAAACAAUGGAGAACAAGUUAUCCUCUCUGGAAACAGGGUCUUCCUCAGGAAAUGGGAACGUUGGAACAGCUACAACAAAGUACUAUGAUGAUAUUUAUUUUGAUUCUGAUUCUGAGGAUGAAGACAAAGCAGCACAGGUGACCAAGAAAACAAAGAAGAAACGACAUCGGAUUCCAACAAAUGAUGAAUUACUCUAUGAUCCUGAAAAGGAUAACAGAGACCAGGCCUGGGUUGACGCAAAGAGAAGGGGCUACCAUGGUUUUGGAAUACAGCGGCGAUGUCAACAACAGCCUGUCCCUAAUAGUGAUGCUGUCCUGAAUUGCCCAGCCUGUAUGACCACACUGUGCCUUGAUUGUCAGAGGCAUGAAUCAUACAAAACUCAAUAUAGAGCAAUGUUUGUGAUGAAUUGUGCUGUCAACAAAGAGGAAAUUCUAAGAUACAAAACUCCAGAAAGCAGGAAGAAAAGGUGGGGCCAUAAGAAGAUGCGGUCCAACCAUGAAGAUGCUACAAAGCAGGUUGAGACAGAAGUGGAAGAAAUCUACCACCCAGUCAUGUGCACUGAAUGUUCCACUGAAGUGGCAGUCUACGACAAAGAUGAAGUCUUUCAUUUUUUCAAUGUUUUAGCAAGCCAUUCCUAA